AUGAGUGUGACGCCUGAUAUUUCUGACGCCCUAGAAGGCGUCUCGGAAGAAGACGCACGCCUCAUUGUCCAUCUGACGUGGCUCUAUGGAGGAUAUUCCAUGAGGAGCAGGAAAAAGCCGUCCACGCCUACACGAGAUACUGGUGAAAGCGAACUCUCGCCUAAGGUCGCACGGAGCAAGACAAAAGCGUCACCUGUGAAGACCGAACGCCGCACGACGAGCAAAUCAACACGUCCGAAGCAAGACGAAAAGAACGCAAACGGAAAUAAGCCGGAGAAACAACAGACUGGUCGUAUAGAUGAUGCUAAAAUCGCAGAUGUGGAAGAAUCGUUUGCCUUGGGAGAUGUAGACAAUAAAACAAAGGAUGUAGACACCUCACUCAAUGGACUACGGAACGGUUGGCAAAAUGGCCCCGACUCACAAAGCACGGAGGCCACAGAGGCUUCAUCUGGAUCUGGAGCGGAUCUGUUAAAUGACGAGUAUUACUACGACUACUUUGUGAGGGAAAAGGACACAAUGAUAUUAGACCGUAGAAGGCCACGGUGGGCAAACGGGCUUACUCUCAAGGAUAAGAUAAACAGGUUUUUCGAAUCAGGCGUAGCCACUCGCACAGAAGUUUGCGAUGGAACGCCGACAACGCUAUCUAUUUGUAACCAAUUCGAGCUCUCUAACCACGAGGCCAUGGUUGCAGAUGUGGACCGUGUACAUUACUAUCGCGCUGCCAUCUUCUGGUCCGGAUACAAUACCAGCGAUAACUCUGAGGCGGAAACAACGACUUCUGCGCUCGUACAGACGGAUUUCGAAGUGGAUGGGCGGAAGCAUUCGGAUCAUUUCGAGGCUGGGUCAGGAGAAUCCGGCCAAGAGGAUGCAAACUCGCCGCAUCCCACCACGCGAUGUAAUUCCGGCGAAUUAUAUCCAAACAAUCCCCUGAAAAGUUAUUGCGCGGACAAAAGGGUUCUGGAAAUUGGAACGGGCCCCAUGUGCGUCCUUGCAAUGAAUGCGCUGAAUGCAGGCGCCAAAUUUGUGGACGCCCUAGAGGUGUCAACCAGCGCUGCGAGGCUCGCUUCGAAACUCAUGGCAGCGUACGGGGUCUCUGACAAAAUAAGGGUGUUCAAUUGCCAUUCGAAAAACUUCUUUUUCGACACUGCCUCUUUCUUCGGGCUGAAGCGGGAGGAAUACGCGGGGAUGACAGAAAUCGAUCUCCCAGCCAACCCACCGUAUGACAUGAUCAUAAGCGAGAUCCUGGGUGACUUCUGUUCGCAGGAAGGUGUGGCUGACGUGUUCUUGGACAUGCAGCGACGCAUAUUAUUCAACAAACCCGAAUACCUAAGCAAGGUUAAAAGCAUACCCACCGCAGCCGCGACAAUGUUCGUACCUUGCGUGUUCCCAGACGCAGAUAAUGUAGUAAACAAGGCAAGCCUUCACGAUGAGAUGACUAUUUUUAGUCCCACGCUGAAGAUGCUGCAAAGCGUGGGACUUCGCAUUGACAACCUGCCGCUGUGUGAGCCAUGGCAGGUGCUCGAGCAACUGCGAUUCGAGGAGUGGAUGCAGCCACAAAUGUGUCAGCACUUCGAAUCAUCCUUUACCAUCAGCAGCUCUGGGCCCAUGUGCGGAUUCCUUAUCGGAAUCGAUGUGGAAAUCAGGCCCAACGAACACUUCGGCACGAAGUUCGGGCACUGCGAAUCCUGGUAUUCUAACAUACUCCUGUACGACAAGGAGUACAUGGUCUACUCCGGUGAUGUAGUUCUAACAAGAAGCAUCGCAAACCUCACCAAUUACGUGGCGGCCAAUUGUCUCGGCGAUAAAAUUGACGUCUCGAGACCGUCUUACUCCGUAAGGUCCUACAUUCUCAGCCCAGUGAACUCCUCUGACUGGGAUGUAGAAGACGACGAGGUGUUCAACUACACUGCACCGUUCGGGUCGAGGCGCAUGAAAUGCCCUUGCAUCUCCGACGCCGUGCCGGAACCCGUCACCAAGGUUCCCGUGAACUCGCUUGCACAACUAAGCCGAGACGUUGUCAACAGCGAGUGCGCAGAGCCGGAGGACUGGCUCAGCAACUACCAGUGGGUGCGCAUCGGGGACAAUCUCUACAAAAUUAGGAUUCGUCCACAUGCAAUAACCAUAGACUACGUUGAGCAAACGUCGGCCAGCUUUAGCCAGGUGCCAUCAGGCAAGCGGAAGUUGCCCACGGACCCUCCGAGGCGAUACAAACUGGUGAAGCCUAAGCCGUGA